AUGCUGGCUGGACGUUUCGUUGUCGGAUUUAGUACUAACUUAGUCAUAGUAAUUGAUCAUGCUUUCAAACCAAUUUGGUUCAAAGAGGACCUGCCACUUGCUAUUGCAAUUGAUAUUGGAUUCAGCAGAACUGGAGGAGCAUUAGCUAUACUUCUUCCUCAGUUAAUAUACGACAGUCUCUCAAUAUUUCAUAGUCCUACUUUUAGACUGGGUGCCUCACUGCUCACUGCUGCUGGAUUCAUGAUAAUUGGAUUAAUAUUUGCUUUAAUAGUAUUUUUUAUGGACUUCUUACGGGAAAAAACAGCAACAAAGGUAUCUAAGCCUGAGCCAGUAUCUAUUUUAAACCAUUUUAAACAAUUCCCCCUUAAAUUCUGGCUGAUUAUGGCUGUUAAUGUUACCUAUCUUCCUCUCAUGUAUACUGUUGUUGGGAUUGCACAGGUUUUCUUUAUACAAAAGUAUGGCCUUUCAACGGAUAUGGCUAACUUAGCCAAUGGCCUUCUGUUUGGUAGUGCAGUCAUACUCAUACCAAUUGCCGGAUAUUUGAUUAGUAAAAUUGGCUUCCACUUGUAUUGGCUGCUAACAGCUCUUGUUACAACUACUCUACCACCUUUGCUCAUUUUCGCGUUCAGCAAUGAAGAGAGUUACCUUCCAUUUGUAGCAGCAGUAUUCUAUUCUCUUUCAUAUACUCUUUGUGGACCGUCAUUCAUAGCUAUGAUUCCUCUCAUAGUAGAAAAGAGAUACUUAGGAACAGCAUAUGGGAUUCAGAGAGGUUCUUAUAGUGCUACCUACUCAUUGAUGUCAUACAUUGCUGGUCUGAUAGUUGAUACUAUUGGUUACUUUGUCUUGCAAAGUUUCUUCAUACACAUUAUUCUCCUUUGCAUUGAUUUCACAUUGAUCAUGGUGUUUCUUGAUGCUGCCUCUGAUAAUCCAAUACUUAAUGUACCAGCAUCAUGGCUCCGUCGAAAAUAUGGUCAAAUAAAAGACAAAAAAUCAUCACAAUGA